CAAAUUCCCGUGCUCCCCUCCCUCCCAACGGUCGAGAGGGGCGUUUCCGUCCCCCUCCAGUCCUCCACCGCCUACCGACAAUUUCAAAAUCGCAGAGCCACACCAACGAAUCCCAAAUUCCCCAUCGACCCCGCUCUCGAUCCGGCUCCAAACCCUUGCCGCCGACGGACGCCGCGGCCAAUCCAACCACGACCGUCCUCGAAGCGUACCCCGUCCGGUACCAUGCGACGAGACGACGCCGCCGCGGCCGGAGGCGGCGGGUUCUACGAGCUGUUCGACUCCGUCCGCCGAUCCAUCUCCUUCCGCCCGGGAGCGGCUCUCGAGGAGCCCGCUUCCUCUUCCGGCAGCCCUGGCGGUGCCGGUGGGGGGUUCAGGGAGCGGGUUAGCACCCGCCUCCGCAAAUCCCGGGGGAUGGGGCUGCUCGGGAUGGUCCCCAAGAGCCCCUCGCCCAAGCGCCGCCUCCUUCCACCGCCCCCUUCGCAAUCGCAGUCGCCGCAGCCGCAAGCAUCCGCAUCUGCAUCCCCCGAGAGAAGAGACGGCGGAAAAGGAUUAUUAGCAGCAGAGGACAACCACCCGCCGAUCCGGUGGCGGAAGGGCGAUCUCAUCGGUAGCGGCGCGUUCGGACAGGUCUACCUCGGCAUGGACCUGGACUCCGGCGAGCUCCUCGCCGUCAAGCAGGUUUUGAUCGGUAGCAGCAAUUCCACGAGGGAUAAGGCACAAGCUCAUAUAAGGGAGCUCGAGGACGAAGUGAAGCUACUCAAGAACCUCUCACACCUCAACAUUGUUCGAUAUAUUGGGACGGUGCGGGAGGAGGACUCACUAAAUAUUCUGCUGGAGUUUGUGCCUGGCGGGUCGAUCCAGUCACUCCUCGGGAGGCUCGGGGCAUUUCCUGAGCCUGUUAUCAGAAAGUACACUAAGCAGAUUUUGCAUGGGCUGGAGUAUUUGCAUCGUAAUGGAAUCAUACACAGGGAUAUAAAGGGGGCAAAUAUACUAGUUGACAACAAAGGAUGCAUUAAGUUAGCUGAUUUUGGGGCAUCGAAGCAAGUUGAGAAGUUGGCAACUGCUGCAAAGACAAUGAAGGGGACACCAUAUUGGAUGGCCCCAGAAGUAAUUGUUGGGAGUGGGCAUGACUUUUCAGCCGAUAUAUGGAGUGUUGGAUGCACUGUAAUUGAAAUGGCGACUGGGAAAACUCCGUGGAACCAGGAAAUUCAGGAGGUUUCUCUUCUGUAUUAUGUUGGGACGACAAAGUCACACCCACCAAUACCAGAGCAUCUCUCUCCAGAGGCCAAAGAUUUUCUGUUAAAAUGCUUGCAAAAGGAACCAGAAUUAAGAUCCUCUGCAUCCAACUUAUUGCAGCACCCGUUCGUUACAGGAGGAUCAACUGAUCUCCGUCAGCUUGAUCAUGCUGUGCAAAAGGAAACCUCCACCAACAAGCUUUGUGAGAAUGAUAUGCCGACAGGUCUGAUGGGCUUGAAUCAUUCUGCCAACAUUUUCCCCUUGAAUUCUUACAAGUCAUCUGACACCAAACCGUUAUGGGAUGGCGGUGAUGACAUGUAUCAGCUUGGCGAUAAGGAGGAUGACUUGAUGAUGAUUGGAUCAAGCUUCAAUCCUGUGUCUGAACCAUUUGAUGGUUGGGAAAGCUUAGAACAAAGAUCUACUCAAUCAAGGGCAUUUAAUGGAUUAGUCAAUCAUGCGGAAAGCGACAUGGCUGAAAAUGAUUUUGCUUUCCCUUGCGAGGCAAUCUCCGAAGAGGAUGAUGAAGUUACAGAAUCAAAAAUAAAGGAUUUUCUGGAUGAGAAGGCUAUCGACAUGAAGAAACUGCAGUCGCCUUUAUAUGAGUUCUACAACACAGUGAAUGCUGGAUUUUCUCAAGGUGUUAGUGAUGUUUGCGGAGAAAGCAACAGAACCAGUCCCCAAUUGUUGCCCCCUCUAGGAAUGUCUCCUACAAUUAAGAUGGAGGGAGGUGCAGCAGCAGAACCAAUUUGUGAUAAUCUGAAUGCCAGUCCCAAGGUUUGCACAAGGCGUUUCUCAAGAAGCACCAUGGAAAAUGGUCGGAUUUUGAGAGAGAUAGCUUCUCCUCAACUCAAUAAGUUUGAUGACAAGGUCCAAGUUCAGGACAACCCAAGCAUUAGCUCAGAAAGAGAAAGGAAAUGGAAAGAAGAGUUAUACCAGGAACUUGAGAUAAACAGAGUGAUGAGGUCGAGUGGCUACGGCAAAGCUCCAUCCCCGAAGAGCCGGGGCCUGACAAGAAAACGGGAUCGCAAUCCUGUUUAUUGACAAGAAAUCGAAGAUACCAUCCAACAGGACUAAUGGUAAUUAACUAACCGUACAGUGUCAUCGAUCGGUGGCCAUAUCUGUACAGUGCACAGCUUCGCCAUUAGUCUGGCCUGAUGAAGAAUUUGGAUCUGCCAAACUUGUGCACAAGUUUGAGCCACUUAUGACUUCCAAGUGAACUACGGAAUGAAGGCUGCCAUGCCCCAACCUCCACCUGAACUACCCUAGAUGAAAAUUGGGAGGCUGUAGUUUCUUGCGGUGACCAGUUUUAUGUAUGCCAUGCCCACAUUUUGUCAUUCUGGAAGCGUGGCAUGCUAUGGUUUAUGUUGAGAACGAACUGUUGUACAACUUUUCUUUUUGAUUUUGUAAGGUGGAAGGGUUCUUGCGGAAAAGAUAAUGCAGAGGGUGGAAGGUUUCCAUAUCGA